UAAGUGUUCGAUUCCCGAUUGCAUUUUAUUUGAUUUCACUAAUUUAACCUUUACUCAUCCAGGUUGAACACAUUCAGAUCAAACAUCUCUCCUCGGUGGCCAGGUUGAGAGCACAGCAUGGGGUGAAACUCAACCCACAAUCAGACACACACCCAUCAUUCCGCGAUCAAAGUCCAAAAAAGGGCACAGUGCAGGGCUUCCUGGUUCUCCGUGGGCUGGGCGUUGCCAGUGGACUUGCGCUGGGCUACAGGUUGAGCAGAGCAGCUCCAGCGUGUCUGCUGCCUUGCCAACCACCGCGGUAAUGAUAUCACCCUGUCGCAUCGUCGUUCAGAUCUGAAAGCGUUGGCGGAACUGCGGCGAUCUCACUUUGGAAAUGACGGUAAGUUUCCGGUGGCGCCUGGUGAAGUUCCUCACCGCCUCCACGGCGCUUUUCUUGCUGGUCCAGCUCCUGCUGAGUGGGUUCGCCGCCCUCACGCUCGACGAACCGCGGCGGCAGAGUCCUCUCCCUACCGGGACGUCCCGGCUCCUCUCCCCGUCCACUUACAGCUAUGUGCUCAACCAGCCUGACCUCUGCAGAGACCAGCGCCCCCUGUUGCUGGCCCUGGUUCCUGUUGCCCCGGGAGACCGGACGUCCAGGGACGUCGUGAGGAGGACUUGGGGCGCGAAGCAGCAGGAGGGCUCGGCUCGGGACCCCCUGCUGCUGACCGUCUUCUACGUGGGCGUCUCUUCGGAACCGGGCGUCCAGGACGCACUGGUGGCGGAGAGCGGAGACCACGGCGACAUCAUCCAGAUGGACUUCGUGGACAGCUACCAGAACCUGACCAUCAAGACGCUGAUGAUCAUGAACUGGGUGGCCACCUUCUGCCCCAACGCGUCCCACGCCAUGAAGGUGGACGCGGAUAUCUUCGUCAACGUGUACCUCCUGGUGGAUGUGCUGCGGGGGUACCCCACGAAGGGCUUCAUCACCGGCUCGGUCAUCCGGGACGGGAGGCCCCGCCGGGACCCCGGGAGCAGGUGGUACGUCUCGGAGGAGGCGUACCCCGAUUCCUACUUCCCCCCCUACGUGUCCGGGGCCGGGUACGUGUUCUCUAUCGACGUGGCCCGGAAGGUCUCCCUCGCGUCCCGGUCCGUCCCCAUGGUCCCGCUGGAGGAUGUGUACGUGGGGCUGUGUCUGCGCGCGGCCGGGGUCAGCCCCGUGUACGCGCAGAGCUUCCUCGCGCUCAGGAACCUGUUCGAGGUGAGACACCUGGCGUACGACCGGUGCGCGUUCGCCGCGCGCGUCAUCGUCAACGGGUUCAAACCCGCGGAGCUUCUGAGCAUCUGGGAGGACUUCUCCGUGAACCGUCUCACCUGCUGACCAGUUCUCCGUCUGUCUGAAUGUUUAUCUCUCCGUCUGUCUGUCCGUCCGUCUGUCUGUCUGUCUGUCUCUCCGAUCAUCUGUCUGUAUUUCUGUCUGACUCUAUGAACUGUAGGCCUAUAUGCACUAAAUAUCCCAGGCCUAUUGCGUGCCUCGCAAAAACUUUUUACUCAAGGCAUUCAUUCAACAAGCUCUCAUAAACAAUACCAACUCUCUCUAGAAGCGUCUCACGUUUUUGAGGGUACAAUUGGAGAUCGAAAUAAGAAUGUUUGAUACGCGUGUAGUGACACAGAACGCUCACCAGAAGGCGCUCUCUGAUCUGAGAGCAGACAGAGAGCGUUUGGCCGCACUGUGCGAUCGAUGAAUGGACUUCGCUGAGAUGAAUUACCUCUGACGUCCCUAGAAUAAUGGACUCCGUUGAUGUCUUACCUCUGACGUCCCUCAAUUAAUGGACUUGGUUGAGAUGUAUUACCUAAGAUGUCACUAAACGCACCAAAGAACAGAACCGUACUAACCUCUUUAACCUGCUGUCUCACUGCACUCUGUCCAGCUGAACCUCUUUAACCUGUCUCACUGCACUCUGUCCAGCUGAACCUCUUUAACCUGUCUCACUGCACUCUGUCAAGCUCUACCCCUUUAACCUGUCUCACUGCACUGUGUCCAGCUGAACCUCUUUAACCUGCUGUCUCACUGCACUGUGUCCAACUGAACCUCUUUAACCUGUCUCACUGCACUCUGUCCAGCUGAACCUCUUUAACCUGUCUCAAUGCACUCUGUCAAGCUCUCCCCCUUUAACCUGUCUCACUGCACUCUGUCUAGCUGAACCUCUUUAACCUGCUGUCUCACUGCACUGUGUCCAGCUGAACCUCUUUAACCUGUCUCACUGCACUCUGUCUAGCUGAACCUCUUUAACCUGUCUCACUGCACUCUGUUCAGCUGAACCUCUUUAACCUGUCUCACUGCACUGGGUCCAGCUGAACCUCUUUAACCUGCUGUCUCACUGCACUCUGUCCAGCUGCACCCCUUUAACCUGUCUCACUGCACUGUGUCCAGCUGAACGUCUUUAACCAGCUGUCUCACUGCACUGUGUCCAGCUGAACCUCUUUAACCUGUCUCACUGCACUCUGUUCAGCUGAACCUCUUUGACCUGUCUCACUGAACUGGGUCCAGCUGAACCUCUUUAACCUG